GGGAGCAGUUCCCGUCCGUAGUCAAACUUUCAAACCCCUCGGGUUUAUUUUUGUGUCCUCUUGAAUAUAAAUUUAAAUUUAAAUUUAAAUUUAUCAUAUUUUUCUUAAUAUCCAAGGGUUAAUUUUAUAGUUAUCAUAAAAAGUAAAAUCUAAAUCAUGCCGGCUUAUCAUUCUCAAAUUAAAGAUCACCAGCAAUCACUUGCAAAUAUGGCUUUGCUACCGCUAAGGACUCAAUUUAGAGGACCAGCACCGACAGCAACAAAUAUUGAGCAAGACAUUAUUGACGAGGCAAUUUAUUACUUCAAAGCCAAUAUUUUCUUUAGAACUUAUGAAGUAAAAUCAGAAAUCGAUCGUGUUCUUAUCUACGUCACUCUUUAUAUACCUGAAUGUUUGAAGAAGCUUCAGCGGUGUUCGAACAAGAAUCAAGGCAUGCAAGAAAUGUAUACGCUUGCAAUUAGCAAGUUUGACAUUCCCGGUGAAUCCGGAUUUCCACUUAAUUCCGUUUACGCAAAGCCUCAAACUCCAAAUGAAGCUGAUUUACUACGUCAGUACUUGCAACAACUUCGUCAAGAAACUGGAAAUCGAAUUUGUGAAAAAGUUUUCAACACUGAAGACGGAAAACCAAGCAAGUGGUGGAUCUGCUUUGCUAAAAAAAAGUUUAUGGAAAAGAGCCUAGGAGCUUAUUAAAUCAAUCCAAAAGUAUUCAAUUAAAAUCCUUUUUUUAUUCAGUGAUUAUCAAUGAAAAAUAUAAAUUGUGCUUUUAAACAAAUGUGCUAACAAAAUUUUUUAAAUAACAAUGUUAUCGUAAAGGAUUUUUCUUGCCAUUGCUCUGUUUCCACAUUGUUUGUAAAUGACAUGAAGAUUGUAAGCAAUUUCCAUUCUCAAAUCCAAAAGUUCUUUGUGCUUCUCAAUGAACGGAUUUUUCACAGCUAAAGCUUUCUCAUAAUAUUGUUUGGCAACAGAAAUUAUUCCAAUUUGAUGAUAAAGUCGACCGGUAUUGUAAAGAAUUUCAGCUUCCGCUUCCGGUUCUCUUGUUUGUUUGUAUCUCUCCAUAUAAUUUAUCGCUUGCACAAUAAGAUUUUGCUUCCGAUUUGAAUGCUUUUGAUUUGCAAUCAAAGCGUAUAAAAUUGCAAGGAUCAUUGCAACGAGUGGUUGUUGAAAACGUCGAUAAAUUUCAUCAUAAUGAUUGAGAGCAUGUUUAUAACUGUUAGAAAGUAAACAGUAAUUAGCAAGAAGCAUAUAAACUAUCGGUGGAACUUUAGUUGUAAAUGGAGAGACCUUUUCAAACAAUCUCAUAACAAAUCGGUUAAAUCUUGAAUCUUGAGUAUGGUAAAUGAUGAGAUUGAAAAGAAUCCAAAAUCGUGGCUUUUCUCUGUCAGUAUUGAAGAACUCUCGAAUCUUAUUAUAGCCGUAAGUUUCUUCUUUGUUGUAUAAACACGCAAUUGUUCCGAUGAAGUCAAUUUCUCGAAUAUGACUUUGAAGUCGCCGACUUGACAUUGCAGCAAAUGACAAUCGUUGUAAUUGAACGUAUCUUAUAUUUGUCCAAGCCGUAUUAACAAGAUCAAGAAACAAAUUCCAAUCAUCCGCUACAGUUGGUUCAUUAUCACCUUUACUGAAUUGAGGUGCAUCAAUGUCAUCAACUUCUUGAUUACGAUUCUUUCGUAAACUUUUUUAAUUCAUUUAAUCGAUCAAUAAUCUUUGUGAACUUACUCACAAUCUGAACUUCGUAGCAUCAUUUUGUAACCCUCUUGAAGGUAUUCAUCAACACGAUUUAAUUCCUUUAACAGCAAACAUUUUUCUUUGAGAAGCUCUGUUUCAAGGACUUCAACAGCUGGAUCUUGCGUUAAAGCUUCGAGAGCUUCUUCCAUUCUUCCUUCUUGUUUCAACAAUGCAGCAAGCGUUAGUCGAGCUUCUAAAUGUUUACUUAACUGUACAACACUUUUAUAAGAUUCAAUAGCUUCAGGAUAUCUUUUUAAUGCUCUCAAACAAUCAGCAUGUCGAAGCCAUACAGCAGCAAGUGAAAAUGUCUCACUCUGCACCAACGGAUUUAAAAGUCUCAAGGCAAAUGUGUAUUGUUCAAGAAGCAUCAAAGCUUCUGGAAUAUCCAAAUAACAAUCACCUUCGUUAUCAACAUCGAUAAAUUUUAAUACAUUGUCAAUGAGAUAUUCGAAAAGAUUUGAAGCUUCCAAUUUAAUCAAACAAAUGCACAUUUUUGUUCUUAAAUCCAUUAGCAUAUUGUCAGGAAUGUAAAUGUUAGAGAAUUCAUAAGAAUUCUUUCCUGUUUGCUUUAUCGAAACGUUCAUCCCUGUAUGAAAUAUGAAAACGUUGAGACAUUUCCGAUAUUGCUUAUCUUUGAUCAGUAAAUCGAUAAGUGAAUGAACAUCUUGAGUUGAGAAGUGUUCAGGAACUUUACUGUAUGCUUUAAGCAUUGCAUCGAGAGAUUUUGUUAUUUGACCAUCUUUAUGAUAUUCUUGAACCACCCACUUGGCUCGUUCAAUGAGAAAUUCAUGUUGAUCUUUUGGAAUGAAGCCAAGCAUACAAAACGUACAAUGUAAGACAUGUUUUUCAUCUCCUAAUCGUUUUAGAAUUUCUAAACGCUUUAUACGAAGUGAGAGAUCUUUUGGAUCACAUCGUGUUGCUUUAGCAUAACAAAUUGAAGCCUGUUUAAGAUUUCCUUUCUCUAAAAAGAUUUCAGCUACUUGACUCCAUUGGAAAACUGUUGAAUUAACAUGAGCAGCAAUGAGCAAUAGUUGGUUGUACUUUUCUUCUUCUGUGUUCUCAUAAAUUUGUGAUAAUGUAAGAUAUGGUUCUGCUGUCAUUGGUUCUUGUCGAAUAAUUUCUAAGCACAACUUUUCAGCUAAUGCAACAUCACCACGAG